GCCAGUUGUCACUUUGUUAGGGGGGUCACAGAUGGCCACACUGUCUUUCAGGAGAAGCUUUCGUGUACCAGGGAGCCAAAAGAGCCACUUUCGGUUCCCUAAAAAAACCUUUCAGUGGAUGGUUCUUUAGAGCAGUGGUUCUCAAACCGGUCCUCAUGGUCCAACAGAACGUGCAACACACAAGGAUAGAGCAAAAAUGUGGAUCUCCUGGGGGUCCCUGUUCUCUUUAUUAGACAUGGUUCUGUAGAGAACCAAAAGUGGCUCUUCUAAGGCAUCACUCAAAGAACCCCUUUCUUUUUCAAAGAGGUUUGCAAUUUUUGUCUUUUUUUCUUUUCUAAAGUAUUGAGGAAUGUUCAGUGGCUUUCAGGAAUAGUUUUUAACUCUCCAUGCUAUUUUUUUCCUUUAUUAGAUGCCUGACUUGACAGCUUUUUUUUUUUACCUAAUUACAUUUUUAGCCUGGAAAUCUUGUACUGUACAACCUUACUCAGAAGCAGUGUAUUGAAAGCAUGUGAUAUGCAGGUUUUCAGAACUUUGCUGAUCAAUUUUUGUUUAGCAAACACCUGAGUCAUAUUAGUUAGCAGUGUUUACCUGUCAAAUGAACAUACCCAUUGUGCCAGUUUAUUACAGUUUUGGCUCUGAAGUCAGCGUGAACAGCAUAGAAUGUGUUAGAAUGCUACAACCAUGGGGUGUACAAAUAUGAAAUAGAAUCCAUGGUGUACAGGCCCAUAAGCUUUAAAAAAGAAAAACAUGCAAACGCUAUGCAACUCUAGAUUAGUAGCUCUGCGCUGUAAUGUAGAUUCAGAUACUACCGGGACCAGUCUAACAGGUCUGACAUGGAGGAGGGAGGGUGAGUAAAGGUGAUGAUUAGCACAGGUGAGUGGGAGGGAGGAGAAGAACAUCAAGGAAGAAAGUCUGGUUGGUACGCAAAGAAUGAGCAUAGAACGAAGUGAGGAGGGCUGAAAUACACAAAGGGCUGGUUCUGCUACUUCACUGUGCGUCUGGCUCGGACAGUGGGGAAGAGAUGCACAGCUAAACAGGAUUACAUGUCAUACGCUGUCGGAGCCAAGCAGGCUUGAGCUGUACCUGAGGAUUCAAACCUCCACAGGCUGGCGGCUUCAGCUUCCCUGGCUGCUUCAUUCUUCUGUUCUCCUGAACUCUAAAACUCUGUGCCAUGUCAGACAACAGGGAGAGAAGGAGUGGGGAAGGAGGGCAGGGGAACCUCAAACCCAAUGUCAAACCGCAGUAUGACCAGAGGGCCAAAAACCAACAGCGGACACAGGAAAAGCCAGAAAAAUGUGACAGGCCCCCUCGGAGGAGCCGUAGUAGUGAUUCGGAGCGCCGCGGCAGACGGAGGAAGCGGGAUAGAGAGCAUGGGCAUAGGAGGGAGCGGGGUCGAAGUGAAGAGGGACGGCGUCGUGGCCGGGAAUGGAACAGUGAUGGCACAGGUCGAGAUAAAUACCCUGAGGACAACCUGGAAGACACCGAGUGUCCUGUGUGCUUCUGCACUUAUGACAAUGUCUUUAAGACCCCUAAGAUACUGGCCUGUGGCCACACCUUUUGCCUGGAGUGCCUGGCUCGCAUCAAUGUCUCCUCCAUGGAGAUCAAGACACUCUCCUGCCCUGUGUGCCGGGAACUGACCGAAAUACGGCACGGCCGAGACCUGCCACAGCUUGGCAACAAUGAGGACAUUUUCCGCAAGCUGCCCCCUCAGAUGCAGAGGGCACAGUCCGUACGCUUUGAGCGCAGCAAGGGCAAACUUGUCCUCAAGAAGCCUCCUCCAGGAAGCAGCCCCUCGAAGACGAGCCUAAAACUGCCAGGGUUUGACAAACAGCAAAGACAGGUGCAGCCAGGCCAAGAUUUGCCUAGCGGAGUCAUACAAGAGGGUAUUGCUGUGGUUACCAUUAUAGAUGUGGGGAGACCCCCAAACAGGAUGAGAGGACGCUUGGGAAGAGCCUUCCAUUCCAACCGCUGCUACUAUGCUGUGGUGGCCGCCAUCAUUGUAGUCACAGUGGCGCUGAUGAUAGUGGGCAUUUUGACCUUUGUGGUGAUGCCAAACCUGAGGAUUCAAGCAGCUCCACCACAACAACAAGGAAACGAUUUCCACCAAAACCACACUGAUGGCUAGUGGUGUGGACAAACUAAUAGCUGAGCUGAGUACGAGGAUGAAGACAAACCAACCAAACCAACUGGUACUGUGACAUGGGGCAGAGGAUGACCCUUAUCCAUUCGUGAAAAGGCUUUUAAAUAGCUUUGGCAUGAUGCACUGCAGACUGUAGACCUUGUUCAUAUUUGAAGGAACUCUAGUAAGUGUGAGCAAUGAUGGGAGCCUCCUGAUGACACUGAAGAGACAGGAGUUUCCACACAGAAAGACAAAUCUGCACUGUAACAGUUAUAACAGAAAAACAUAAACCACUCCACAAAUCUUUGACAAGUAUCUUAGAUUAUCAAAACACGAAUGACCUUGCAUUAGCUAGCAACCAUAAUGAUCACAUUUAUGAUAAUAUACUUGUUGUACAUGCUGUAUAUUUUAGCUUUCUCAACGAUUUGGAAAUUAUACAAUAGUUUCUCUUUUCCUUAAGAUCUUACUAAUUCAGUCGACUGCUCUUACAAUGUAUUUCUUUGGACAGCAUUUAUAAAAGAACUAAUAGUGCUGCUUCAAUAAAACACCUGUUUUGUGUGUAUUUAAUUAAAAAUUGUCACAAAGAGGGA